GCGUGCUCAUUCCUUUCUUGAGGUCUUUCUUUUCUUGAGCUCAUUCCUUUCUUGAGGUCUUUUUAUUAACCGACUUUCCACCAUGCCUGAACCAGCCAAGUCGGCCCCAGCCCCGAAAAAGGGGUCUAAAAAGGCGGUGACUAAGGCGCAGAAAAAGGAUGGCAAGAAACGCAAGCGCAGCCGCAAGGAGAGCUACUCCAUCUACGUGUACAAGGUGCUGAAGCAGGUCCACCCCGACACCGGCAUCUCAUCCAAGGCCAUGGGUAUCAUGAAUUCGUUCGUCAACGACAUUUUCGAGCGCAUCGCUGGCGAGGCAUCCCGUCUGGCCCAUUACAACAAGCGGUCGACCAUUACCUCCAGGGAGAUCCAGACUGCCGUGCGCCUGCUGCUGCCCGGGGAGUUGGCCAAGCACGCCGUGUCCGAGGGCACCAAGGCCGUCACCAAGUACACCAGCUCUAAAUGAGCCCACCCGCCGCUGUCCACAACCCAAAGGCUCUUUUCAGAGCCACCCACGGUUUCCGAGAAAUAGCUGUGCAUUUUCCCAGUUUUCUAGUUUCUUUUGGGGAGUUGGAGGCUGGUUUGGGAGAGGAAGGU